AUACUCCUCCCUCCCACUUCUUCCCCAUUCCUGCCGUCCAGUUCCUCUCCCGUCUACCUACUUGCUUAUGUCCCGUCGUGCAACGGUGGGACAUCAGUCAAUUGCCUCAAAGUGAGUAUCGUCCAGCGAAAAGAAUACAUCAAAUUAAGUGGAAGCUUGAUACCUUGCUUCUCACCCACCGCAGGGACGCAUUGAGCUUGGCAUAUCCGAUUGGAUUAUUCGCCAUUCCGACGUUCGAUUUCACAAAGACACAAUUCAGCCAUAUUUUCAAAUCUCAAUAACCCCCAUCACCGGCCAAAAUGUCCGUCGCCUCAUCCCGCUCCUCCUCCAGGCCUCCCCCACCGCCACCGGAAGCGGAGGCGGCCAAGCCCGUGAAGCGGAACAAGCAGACGCCGCAGGAGACCAUUGACGAGUUUUGGUCCAAAUUUACAACCAAGAAGCCUGGCAAAGCCACGACCGUCAUUCCUGCCAACAACUAUACCGACAUCGUUGCCAAGAAGAACAAGAAGAUUGAGGCCAAAAACACCCAGGCCUCCUACGAAGAUGCCGCGGCCAUGUGCCGUGCCAAGGUCGAGAAGAUUGUCAAAGAGUGCCGCCGCAUUAACAAAAAAUAUCGGGACACGCCCCAUUUCGACAUCGAGGCCGACCUCAAGGGUGGCUCCCGCGAUUGUCUCCAGGCGCUUUCCAACGUCAAGGAUGAUGAUGACUGUGGGAACGACCUCCAGCCGCAGAGUGUCAAGAGAGUUGAGGACAUUUUCGACAACCCUUGUUUUUACAUCGACGGCCCAACUGCGAACGAUGUGAGGCAGGGACGUGAUGGAGACUGUUGGUUAAUGGCCGCUCUCUGCACUCUAAGCAACAAAAAGGGCCUCAUUGAGAAACUCUGUGUUGCCCGUGACGAGGCUGUUGGUGUCUACGGUUUUGUUUUCUAUCGUGACGGCGAGUGGAUCUCAGAGAUUGUCGAUGACUUCCUAUACCUCAUCAAGCCUGACUACGACGAAGGGUUCUUUGACCGAAUCUUGUUUGACGAUGUUGAACGCGUCAACUCAGACGAGGCAUACCGCAGAGUUUACCAGUCCAACAGUGGUGCCCUCUACUUUGCCCAAUGUGCCCAUCCGCAGGAAACAUGGCUUCCUCUUCUUGAGAAGUGCUAUGCCAAGGCGCAUGGAGACUACGCCUGUAUUGAAGGCGGCUUUGGCGGCGAGGGUAUUGAGGAUCUAACUGGAGGCAUCACCUCCGAGCUCUGGACCACAGAUAUCCUUGACAAGGAACGCUUCUGGAAGGAGGAGUUGAUGAAAGUCAAUGAGGAAUUCCUCUUUGGCUGCAGCACUGGUAUCUGGGGAAAUGGUUGGGGAGACAGAAAGGGAAUUUACGAGCUCCACGCCUAUUCCAUCCAAAAGGCUGUUGAGAUUGAUGGCGAGCGUCUGCUUCGUCUCAAGAACCCCUGGGGCAAGGGAGAGUGGACAGGUGCUUGGAGUGACGGUUCAAAGGAAUGGACCGCUGAGUGGCUUACGAAGCUUGACCACCGCUUCGGCGAUGAUGGAGACUUCUGGAUCUCAUACAAGGACCUCCUUCGCAAGUACCAGGCCUUUGAGCGGACACGACUCUUUGGCCCUGAAUGGCGCGUGUGCCAGUCCUGGACCACACUGACUGUCCCCUGGAAACUCGACUAUCAAGACACACACUGGAAGUUUAGCAUAUCAAAGUCCGGCCCUGUGGUCGUCGUUCUAUCUCAACUGGAUGACCGCUACUUCCGCGGUCUCGAAGGCCAGUAUGCCUUCAGUCUCGCCUUCCGGAUUCACAAGGCAGGCCAUGAGGAUUAUCUGGUCCGGAGCCAGACUCCCCUACGUAUGACGCGAUCAGUCAACGUAGAGCUGGAGUUGGAGGCUGGCGAGUACGAAGUUCGCGUCAAGGUUGAUGCCACCCGUUAUGAGCAUCUACUACCCGUCGACGAAGUCAUCAAGAAGAAUGCCAAAGAACGCCGUGAAAAGCUGGUCCGAAUCGGGCUAGCAUAUGAUCUCGCUCAUAGCAAGGGAAGAAUCAUCGAGACAGACGAGGAGAAGGCAGCCAGGGAGGCUCACGAGAAGAAGGUCAAGGACAAGGCCAGGGGUGAAAUCAGGAAGAAAUUUCUGGAAUCGCGAGAAGAGAGCCAUUAUCUCGCCACAAAGAGGCAUCAGAGGUAUCUCAAGAAGCAUCUUCAGAAGAAGGAGAAGCAACGGGCAAAGUUGGCCGAAAAGAAGGCUAGUAAAGCAAAGGCAAAGGCCGAAAAGGCUGCUGCCAAGGCUAAGGCCGCGGAGUCUGAAGAACAAAAGGACGCCGAGAAAACACCGGAAACCACUGAGGAGACCGUAAAGGUCACCGAUGAUCAAGCAAAGGUUGCGACUGUGGCAGAGCAGACGACCACCACAGAGGCGGGGCCUCUGACCCCCGCGUCCAACACAGACGAGGAUGCCGUCGACUCCGAGGAGGCGACCAAGGAGAAGUCUGAAGAUGCUAAGGCAGAGAAUGACGCCGUAGAAAAGAAGGCAGAGGAGACGGAAGAGGAAGACAAAGAUGAGGAAGAAGAGGAAGAAGAAAGCGAACCAGAAAGCGACGAUGACGACAUCAGCAGUGUUGGCGCUCUGUCUGAUCUCUCUGAGCGCGAAUUGGAGAUCGCUAUCACCGCCCGUGAGCCGCCAGCUCCGGCCGAAACCCCUGAGGUGUUGGAAGAAGAGCCAGAUGAGUUUGAAAAGGACCCAUGGAACGCUGUUGUAGUCGUCAGUCUGCGAGUCUACCACAAGGUCACGACCGAAAACGAUGAUGAGGAGGCGGUCAAGCUCAAGGUCAUUCGCCCAAUCCACUACGACGACGACGAUGACGACGCCGAGAACAAGGAGGGCACAGAUUGCAAGACCACGGGCCUGGAUGUGGAUGAUAGCGCCAAGGAUGCCACCUUGGACGGAGAUGCCAAGGAUAAGAAGAAGAGUAUUUUGGGAGAUGGUCGUAAGCCAGGUUCCGCGGGACGAGGUACUCUCUAAGGCAGGUAAAUUGACAUAGCUAAGGCGGAUUCGGUCAUUGUCACAGGUUGGAAUCACUCUCAUCCUAUUUCCGAUUACUUUCAAUACGACUUGUGAUUUCAUGAUG